AACUGUCACUUAAUUCAUAAAAGAGGGUGUCGGAUCGAUAAGCUAAUUGGAGAAAAGAAAAAUUUAACUUCUCGGAAUAUCUUCAUAAAAAUUUCAAUAAAAAUCCUCAAAAAUGAUCGGUGGAUUGUUCGUCUACAACCACAAAGGUGAAGUAUUAAUUUCUCGAGUCUAUCGUGAUGAUAUUGGCCGAAAUGCAGUCGAUGCCUUUCGGGUCAACGUCAUCCAUGCAAGACAACAAGUGCGCUCCCCAGUAACAAAUAUCGCUCGCACUAGCUUUUUCCACAUAAAGCGUGCAAAUAUUUGGCUAGCUGCUGUAACCAAACAAAAUGUAAACGCUGCAAUGGUCUUUGAGUUUCUCUUAAAGAUCAUCGAAGUGAUGCAGUCAUAUUUUGGAAAAAUCUCUGAGGAAAACAUCAAGAACAACUUUGUGCUUAUCUACGAGUUGUUGGAUGAAAUUCUCGACUUUGGUUAUCCUCAGAACACCGACACUGGCGUCCUGAAGACUUUCAUUACACAACAAGGAAUUAAAUCUGCAACAAAAGAGGAACAAAUGCAAAUCACCUCGCAAGUCACUGGUCAAAUUGGAUGGCGUCGUGAAGGUAUAAAGUAUCGUCGCAAUGAACUGUUCCUUGAUGUUUUGGAGUAUGUGAAUCUCCUUAUGAGUCCUCAGGGCCAAGUUUUAUCUGCUCACGUAGCUGGAAAAGUUGUCAUGAAGUCUUAUCUUUCUGGUAUGCCAGAAUGCAAAUUCGGUAUUAACGAUAAAAUUGUUAUGGAAUCCAAGGGACGAGGUUUAUCAGGAAACAACGAAGCCGAAGCAUCUCGUUCGGGAAAGCCAGUUGUCGUAAUUGACGAUUGCCAAUUUCACCAAUGUGUUAAACUAAGCAAGUUCGAAACCGAACACUCAAUCAGUUUCAUUCCACCGGAUGGUGAAUUUGAACUUAUGCGUUAUCGUACAACAAAAGACAUUUCAUUGCCAUUCCGAGUAAUUCCUCUAGUACGUGAAGUAGGUCGCACUAAAAUGGAAGUGAAAGUCGUUCUUAAAUCGAACUUCAAGCCAUCGUUACUCGGUCAGAAGAUAGAGGUUAAAAUUCCAACGCCACUCAAUACUUCCGGAGUACAAUUGAUUUGUCUCAAGGGAAAGGCCAAGUAUAAGGCAUCGGAAAAUGCAAUUGUUUGGAAGAUAAAGCGCAUGGCCGGUAUGAAGGAGACCCAACUGUCUGCCGAAAUUGAACUACUUGAAACUGAUACCAAGAAAAAAUGGACCAGACCCCCAAUCUCGAUGAACUUUGAAGUUCCAUUUGCGCCGUCAGGCUUCAAAGUUCGUUACCUUAAGGUCUUCGAACCAAAACUCAACUAUUCAGACCAUGAUGUCGUCAAAUGGGUGCGCUACAUUGGUCGCAGUGGACUCUAUGAAACUCGCUGUUAAACAUCAUUAUCGUUGAUCACUUCGUUUCAAUCGUAAUAAGAAAACACAAGAAACAAGAUGCAGAAAACAUAUAACAUUAUUUCCUAAGCAAAAUGUUCAAUCUUUGUCGUUAUAUUCCAAUAUUUUAGAUAUUCACUUUUUUUAUUAUUUUCUUAUCUUUUAAAAAAUACCUAAAUACUAUAUAUAAAAACGAAACCUACAUUUAUCAAAGACCUAUGCAAAUCGAAAUUUCCCCAACAUGGAUAAGUUCUGGUAAACACUCGAAAUUCCGAUAUUACUCUAAGUGUUAUAUAGAAUUUUCAUUGUUAAUAAAUACAUGUAAUAAUUAAAUAAAUUAACUAUCUUUUGUUUUUUGUUUGUUUAAUUAUCGCUACACUUUAAAAGAAUUAAAAAUUAUUAUUUUUAAAAUGUAAUUUAGCCUAAAAACAAAUGUUGGGAAGAAUGAAACUCUGACAUAUAGAAAAAAGCUCACUCCUACAUUAUAACACUUUCCUAGGAUAGUGCUAAUAUAUGGCUCUACCUUUGAGUAGCAGCAAACAUUAAUUAAUAUAUAAACAUUAUAUUAUAUAUACUCGAAUGUAAAAUAAACAGGAAAAUGAUAAGAUUUAUGUAUUAUUAAAAACGUUGAGUUUGUUAAAAAUAAAAAUUAAAACAAAAAUAAAAGCCAAUGGUAUAAAUCUGUCUUAAAA